CAGCCAUUCAUCAAACAGUACAUUGCAUGCAGUACAUCAUACCUGCAUAUAUACGAAACCAAGAUCCCUUUACCCAGUUGGGCAUCUACUUUCUUUGGAGUACCAAUAUAUGCCCUGCUUGAUUUCGCGUUCCAGGAGAUGACGAAGAGCCCGCUGUGAGCAUCUUCGGAGAGCUGUCUUUCGGACAUCCAAUUCAUUCAAGGCGACCUGGAUCUCGUAUGAUGCGCCGGCCCACAUCAUAUAAUAUCGAGACGUCGCAUCGGAAGGGACGAUUCUACCAUGUCAAGGCUGAAGAUCACACUGUGAGGUGAAGGCUUGGUAGGAGAUAGACCCACCACCAUGGCCAGCUAUUCAUCCAUGACACGGCAGAAGCGAGAUCUUUCAGGCUCCAAAUCCAACAUAACACGAUCAAAUGGAUCGCCGACGAAAAAGCGGCUUCGCACACCUCCACCGCAGGUAGAGCCGAUAUCCAGUAAUGAAUUGCAAAGCCCUGCAUCAAAUUCAGACUCGUAUCAACGCUUUGUCCUGACUGAUCCAAUCGCCUUUCGCUAUCUGGAACAAGAUGCUUCGACGACAGUAUUGGAGCGACGACAAGAACUUCGCGGUUACGAAUGCUACCUUGUUGAGCAAUGGACCACUUCGCGUAUCCAUCCUACUUUUGUCAUUACGACUUACACAGGUGAUGCUUCUCAUGUCGUAGUCGUGGGAGUUCUCAGCGUACCGACCGAUGAGUCAUCAUGGUCACCACGACUACGUGUUUAUUUCAAGGCCCUCAACCAAUAUCAUGCCAGGAGGAAAGAUACCGCUUUAGGCGUCAUCAUGGUGACCAAUCUUUCCAGCUUUCCUUCUUCUCUGACCGUCAUACCGGUACCCGACGGCGACCUUCGCAAACACCGAUUCGAUUAUUUUGUCAACGAAAAUCUGAAACGAUUAGGCUGUUCGGGAAGGAGUGGUCUGACCUUGGCACAACCUGCGCCAGCUACUAUGGCCAAAUACCUCCAUCUGUACAAGACGAGCGAGAAGAUUGACAUUUAUCACUCGGUGAUUGAACUAGUCAAGCUUUGUCAAAGCGCUUUGAUGAUGUUCGCAAAAUUAGAGAUCGACUACGCCGAUGGGCUUCUCUGCGAUGUCACGGAGCAAGCUAUCGGAGAUUGGUGGAUUGACAUCGGCUCGGACUUUUAUGACUUCGAACCGCAUGAUGGCAUCCUCGGACCCUCGACCGUUGCGGGUCUUCUUGGUCUUUUCAUGGGCGCGAGAAACCGGCUUCACUCGGUCGGUGCACCUGUUGCGAAAGAUCCAUUCGAUGUGGAUGCGAUGAAGCGUGGAAUAAGCGUGUUCCAAAAACAGCAACGAAUUCCUCGCACACGGCGACUGGACCAUCAUACUCUGGACGUCCUCCAUAAACUCACCCAGAAGGCUGCAAAUAAAGAGCGAUGGGCUGUCUCGCGCGUAGUCAAAUCUACUGUAGCCGAACUGAGCAGCAAAGGUGGAGAGUUGAUGCUCGAUGCUAUCGCGCACCGAGACAGAGCUGGCAUUGCAGACAUUGAAACUGUCGAUAUUGACCGAUUUGUGCAUUUAAUAUUCGGAGAGCGCUGCAGAUGGCUUUGGGAAGGCAAGGCCAUCAAAAAGCCAAGAGGAAACGACAGAUCCGAAAGAGCCCUCAACGAUGCUCGUGAGCCCUCUGCACCGAGGAGAAGUCUAGUCUUUAAACACGAUGAACACGGGGGGUUCACGUGGGCGUCUGGUCGUAAAAGCACCGUUGACGGGCUAUCGGAGAUGAAGGACGACGACGAGCGUCAGAUUGAUCCCCAGGAUGAUCUAACUCCGGCCGAUCGAGCUGAUGACAGUAGCGAUGAAGGCAUCAAGGCGACAGUGCUGAAACGAGCAUCGGCCCUUCGCCACGAGGCAAAGAGCGGCCUCGGAAAAGUGAAAGGCGCUGUCGGACUGCGUGGUCAUCGCUCAAAGCCAUCUACAGAUAUGUCUCUCCACACCUCCGCUGGUGACCUAGACUAUACUAGCUCAUAUCGAAAGGGCCAUGAAUCAGCAGCAGGCACAAAUACGGGGCCCAGCAGCCCUGAUAUUCGCCCGAUCGACUGGCGUCCAUCAGACCUGGCAUUCGAACAGAGUCCCAUCUCGAUGCAAGACGGAGAAGGCAGACGAUUCUCAAUCGAUCAUCAGAUCCAUCAAAGAACGACACUGUCGAAACAUUCCCGCGAUACGUUGCCUCAGUUCGAUUUCCCUGCCAAGCGAUCUGAUGUGCACUCCGGAACAAGGGCUUCAUCCCAGCUGUACGUCCCCAGCACCGCUAUACGCUCAGGAUCCGCCACCGCCGAGCCCUCCGUCGCCGGGUCUGUCUACAACGACAACGACAACUCCGAGCCGCUUCCACUCAGUCUUCCUAACGCCGCCUCUACCACGCACAAUCUCCUCCAUCGCUCCACUUCCCUCUCUGAAACCCGCAACCCAAUCCCCCUCUCCGUCCUCAGCGACAAAAUGCCACGACACCUAAGCUUCAGCCUGGCUGAAGACAGCGUCCUAACCUGGACACCGCUCCAGGAACCGUCCGAAGACCUGACGUCAACAUCUCCCAAUUACCGAGACCUCCUCGCCGCCCAAGAGUCCCUCCUCCUCCACACCAGCGCCCUAUCCACCCAAAUCACUUCCCUCUCCACCUGCACCCACCCCUGGACUCAAUCGCAACUCACUGCCCUCCAAUCCAUCCUCUCUCAAGCAUCCCAGGACCAAGAAACGCUCCUCUCCCUUCACCAGCCACUAGAACAACACCUCGCGACUCUCCGCGAACAAACCGCCGCCGCCCUCCGAGAAGGUCAUGAACAACUCGAUGGAGGAGUCCAGGAGACGGAGACUUUGGCCGCGAGACUUCGGUAUGAAAUUAAUGAGUUAAGGAGUAAAGUCGAGGAUGUGGAGGUUGGCGUCGCGGACUUUGAAAAGGGCGUCGCGAGGAUUGAAGAGAGGGUGUUGGAACUGGAGGCCGAAGGGGAGGCCGAUGGGAGGUGGCUGUGUGUGGUUUGCUGAAGGACGGGUCUUCUCAUUUUUUACCUUUCCAUUCCCUUCCCUGGUCUCCCGAGUCCCAUGCUGGGUACAUCUAUUGCGAUUUCUCUUGUUCGAGCGAGCGAGAUCUCUGUUUUUUAAGGUGAUGGUGACGUUUGGGCAAGCCUCUCGAAUCCAUUCACAGCGCGGAAGUAGGACUCAAAACGAACACCCGUAUGUAUGAUCUUAAUAUCCUCUUUUAAUUUCGAAGAUACAAUAUGAAUACUAUUUAAUACGCCGA